GGGCCGGCGUCGGGUGUACUGGGAGCGUCUCGGGGGUGGAGGCCAGGGCGGCCGGGCCCCUCCCACUCCGCUUUUUCUCGCGUGUCCUGUCCCCGGGACUGGCAGUGGGCGCCCAGUAACCAGCAAGUGUAUACACAGGGACAAACGGAGACCGAUCUCAGCAAGCUAAGAGUGCAGUAGCGACCUCCUGGACCGACCCGCCCGCGCCAUGCGCUCGAACACUGGCCUGAGGGCGCUCGUGGCGCCUGGUUGCUCGCUCCUCCUUCUAUGUCUUCUGGCAGCGAUGCGCCCGGACCGGGCUGAGGGCGAUCCCACAGAUCCAGCUUUUACAAGUCUACCUGUUCGAGAAGGAAUGAUGGCAAAGUACUCAAACCUUUCCUCGGAGAGCUAUAAUAUCUCAGUGACAGCAGAAGAGUCCCGUGUAUCAGUAGAACAAAACAUAACUUUGGAAAGGCCUUCUUACCUGGAACUCAAAUGCACGUUCACGGCCACUGGGGAUUUGAACUCAGUGAAUGUGACUUGGAAGAAGGAUGAUGAGCUUCUUGGGAUCACUGAUGGUUUCAAUACAACUAAGAUGGGGAACACCUUAUCCAGUCAGUACAGGUUCAUCAUUUUUAAUAGCAAACAAAUGGGAAAAUAUUCUUGUGUCUUUGGAGAAGAGUUCAGAGGAACCUUUAGUAUCAAAGUACCCAAAGUUCAUGGAAAAAACAAGCCAUUGAUCACUUACGUGGGAGAUUCUACUGUGCUGAAGUGUGAAUGUCAAAAUGGUCUUCCUUUAAAUUGGACUUGGUACAAGAGUAAUGGAACUGCACAGGUUCCCAUUGAUGUCCACGUGGAUGAUAAGUAUGCUAUCAAUGGUUCCUAUGCUAAUGAAACAAGGCUCAAGAUAAAGCAUCUUUUGGAGGAAGAUGGAGGAUCCUACUGGUGUCGUGCUGCCUUCCAGUUAGGGGAGAGUGAGGAACUCGUUGAGCUGGUGGUGCUGAGUUUCAUGGUGCCCCUCAAGCCAUUUCUCGCCAUAAUUGCUGAAGUCAUCCUCUUAGUGGCCAUUAUUCUGCUUUGUGAAGUAUACACACAGAAGAAAAAGAAUGACCCAGAUGAUGGGAAAGAAUUUGAACAAAUUGAACAGCUGAAAUCAGAUGAUAGCAACGGCAUAGAAAACAAUGUCCCCCGGUACAGAAAAACUGACUCUGCGGAUCAGUGAAUACAGAAAGAACAUCUCACCUUGGGAAGACAUACACCAGUGUUGGAGUUUGUAUUUCAGUGUCCUUUAAAGAACGCCUGAAUUUGAGAUUUUUAAAAGACAAAGAUGCCCUCAAAGUGUACCGGAGUAGCUUUCAAGAUGGACAAUAUAGUCCAUCUUCUACCUAAAGAUGUAUUUUCAUUUUGUAAUUGCUUUUCAUUAAAGCAAAGUAAAUUGAUUCAGCUGUGUUCUGUGAGCUGUAACCUAGAUAAUAAACUUUACCCUCUCUGGGAGAUCAGGGGUACAGGGCAGACACCAAAAUCAGUCAAUAAUCUACAAAUAAAUAUCACUAAAGAUCUGUUUAUUACCAAAGAAUUUAUUAAAGAAAAAGCGUUUGCCAGUUGUUGUAAAAGUUUUUGCCUCGGCCAGACAUAGAAGUAUUUAUAACUGCUUUCAUGUGGAGUAUAUCCUGUGUUGAGUGUGUUUUCUCUAGUAAAUGGAAACUGUACUUUGAGUAUGGGUCGCUACACUGCAGUUUCCACACUAAGAUAUACUUGGUCCAUAAAUAAUGGUGUAAAGUAAGGAAGUUCGAUCAAAUGCUUGUACCAUGGUCAGUACAAUACCAGAGCUUCUCAUCUUUAUUGCACACAUUUCCACUUGUUCUACCCCAAGCCAAAGUGCUUCUCAGCCUUAAGUCAGACAUUUUCCUUGUUCUUCGGCAUGGGGUUUAGACAUCAUUAGUCGUCCUGAUGCUGAUGUUGCAGAGUGUGGAUCCAUGAGGUCACAGGACAAUACUGUGACCUGAAUGCCUUUGUGGCUCGUGGUUCCUGGGUGCCAUAACUGGCUAAGUGUGCAAAGAUGCAUUAUUAGUGUUUUCCAAUAAUACUUCCUUUGGCUGAUACACAGGAGUGUUAGUGUACCGUUUUUAUGUUGCUGCAAAUGCCUUAGACUUAACUUCGAAAACAUAUCUGAACCAAAUCAGUUCAGCUUGUAAUGGACAUGGAUAAUUGUUAAUGGCUUUAAAUGAAAUAAAAUGCAGUGCCUUGGAUGGCUGGAUUCAA